UAUUCAUGAGAUUCCGAGAGCUUUUUAUUGCACGUGGAGAUCCUUUUGUUCCUGAAGGAGAAACAAAAUGAACUUUUUAUUCCUCGCUGCAGAGUCAGGGUUAGGCUGAUGGACUAUCCGGCCCCCGAGUGGCUGCAGUCGAAUGCUGGAGAGCUGAGAAUGCCGUUCUCGGACCCGGUCAAGUACUGCAUCCUGGGCGUCUCGGUCGCUCUUCUUCUGCUGGCGCUCAGCAUCUUGGCGUGGCAGAUCAUCAGGUGCUGCACGGAGACGCACACUGCGGUCCCCCGGCACGGUGCUGCCAUCAGUGAUCCCCUGCACUCGGUUGAAAAGACAAGAACAGUUGGAAACUGCUCAGGAGCUCCAAGUACGAGGACGGAGAACGUCAACGCAGAGGUCCGCUGGCUGAGUCGCUAUCUGUCCCAGGCCUCGGUUCCCUUCUCGGGAUCCAGUAAGGCGGACGGAGGCUCGGGGGAGCAGGCCGACAUUAAAAAGGUCGACGGAUCGCUACGUUUUUCCAUCUAUUAUGACCAACCGCAGUCCCAGCUGGUGGUCACCAUCCUGCAGGUGGAGGGGCUUCUGGUGCCCGGCCAGAUGUGCAGCCUGCAGCCAUUUGUUAAGCUGAGAGUCAUGGGGGCAAGUUUUGAGGAAGUGGAAGUGGCCCACCGCACGAACGAGGAGGGCGAUCGGACUGCGCCCGUCUUGUGGACAGUGCUGCAGGAGUGGCGGACUCGCAUCGUAAAAGGCAGUUGUAACCCUUUAUUUGGAGACCAGUUCAGCUGCAUUAUGCAAGAGCUUCAUCACAUCAACCUCAGGAUGGAGGUGAGGCACUUUGAUAAAUUCUCCAGACACACAGUGUUGGGAGAGGUGAGGGUUCCUCUGGGGCAGCUCAACAUCUCCUACCCUCUGGAGCUCCAAGAAGAUUUAAAGACACCCCAGAAGGAUCUGGUGGGAGAGGUUCUCCUGUCUUUAAAGUUUCUUCCCACCUCUCAGAGGCUUGAAAUUGGACUGCUUCAGGUCAAAACGGUCCUCACAGAAACAGGCUCAGACGCAGCUCUGUACGCCAGGAUCAGUGUGCAACGCAACCAGUGCAAGUUGAGGUACCAAAAGACCUGCGCGGUGGCCUGCUCUCUGGUCACUGUCUUCAACGAGGUUCUCAUGUUCUCCCUGCCGGAGUUUCCUCUGGAGCAGUGUAAAAUAGAAGUUUCUGUGUAUGAGACUUGCGCGACUAGGAAAUCACCCAAACGUCUGAUUGGACAGUUGACUUUGGGGAAGGAGAAAAGUUCAGAAGACGAGCAUUGGAGCUCAAUGAUGCGCUCAGUACGCCAGCCAAUAGCAAAGUGGCACGGCCUACUGAUCUGACUUUCAUCUCGUAAACACUCUCCUGCACUUCCUGGAUGUCCGCACCUGCUCCUGGAUGACUGAAAGCUGUCGCUCUUGUGUGUCGGCCAAAGGGAUCUGCAGCUGCUUCGCUGUGGGCCAAACAUGGACCCCUCUCUAUCCUGACAGAUCUUUCAGUUCCAAUAAGGACAGGACAGCAGCGGGACUGCCCAAAGAGCUUUAAAUAGCUAACAUUUGCAUUCCUUAUACUGUGCGGUCUGUAACUGUUGCAUUGUGUGCUUGUUUUGGAAUGCCUUUAUUCUGCAUUAAUAAAUCUCUGUAUUACGGCUA